CUGAUGUUUCUCUGCAAGGCGAAUCCAUUGCUGCUGUGUCAGACAGAACCCAGACCGCAACCCCCCUCCCUAUCCAGCCACUAGCUUGAGCGUCCAUACGAUCGCCAUGGACGUUUCUCCACUUUCUCUGCCCCUCCUCGUCGAGCCGCUCUCAGGCAGCCGCGGCUGGGUGUGCAACGAGAGCGAGAAAGAGGGGGCGAAUCAGCAAGGAAGGCGGCAUGAUAGGAAGCAGCAGCAGCAGCAGCAUGGCGGAACGGGCACGCUGCUGCUGCUGCCGCUGCUGUGGCUGCUUGCAGUGCUGCUUGUUGGAGUGCUGCUGCUGCUGCUGCUGCUGCUGGCAUUGUCACUGACCCGCUGCGAGCAGCCGUUGAUUCAACAGCUUCUCCUGUCUCCUCCCUCUCUUUCCUCCUCCUCCUCCUCCUCCUCCUCCUCCUCGGGCCCCUCCUGCCCCGUCUGCCACUCCUUCCUGCUCAACGCAGCAGUCAACAACCUCAAGUCAUGGCGCCUUCCCCCCUGCUGCAUACCCCACGUAGCGCACUACGUUUCUUCCGGCGCUUACCACACCGACCACGCUACCGCCAUCGCCGCUGCUGCUGCCUACUUUGGAGUGCCGCUAGGUAAAGGGCUUGGAGAUGAUUCAGUAGGGUGGGAGAGGAGGGGAGGCGGAGGUGAGGGGGAGAUGGUAGGGUUGGUUGGUGUUUUGGGGAGGAAAGGGGGGGAGAGGAAAGGCACCGUCGCAGCUGGUUGGGGGAACGAGGAGGGCUCAUGGGUGUGGGGCGAGGGGCAACCAGCGUCCAGAGGGUUUAGCAGGCAGCAUUUGGGGAAGAGUGUGAGUGAGAGUGAGAGUGGCAUGACACGGGGUGAUGAGGGGGAUGGGGAGGUGCAGAAGCGGAAGCAGAACCGGCAGGAGGUGGUGGUGUUUGACAUUGAUGAGACGCUGCUCUCCAACCUGCCAUACCUGGAGACACAUGGAUAUGGGUCGGAGCCAUACAACUCCUCCCAGUGGGCUGACUGGGUCCGCACCUCCUCCGCACCGCCACUGCCACCCGGCGUCGCGCUCGUCAGAGCCCUGCAGUCCAGUGCAAGCAGAGAUCACAUUCAUGGUUAUGGGCCUGCGAGCUAUGGGGAGGAAAGGCACAGGGAGGAGGGCAGCGAGGGCACGAGCGGGCUGAGCGCAGCGCUGGUGACGGGGCGGCCUGAGUCCCAGCGAGCUGCCACUGUGGAAAACCUGAGGCGGGUUGGUGUGACUCAAUGGAGGGUGCUCAUGAUGAGGCCUCUGGACGCAAAUGGCAAUGUGGUGCGGGAGACAGCAGUGGAGUAUAAGAGCAGGUGUAGGCGGGAAAUAGAGGGCAUGGGUAUGAAGAUUGUGGGAAGUGUGGGUGACCAAUGGAGCGACAUCACUGGCGAUGCCACUGGCGAUGGCACCUUCAAGCUACCAAGUCCUUUCUACUUCAUUCCUUAGCAUCUUUUGUAUUUUUUCUCAUCUCAAAAUUAAGAGAGCAAUUGUAGACGACAUUCCUUGUGAAGACAUGA